AUGGCCACACUCAACCUUCUGAAGUGGAGCCUGCAGCAGGAGUUCGAAGCACCAACAUGGCAGGACCCAAUGCCACUGGAAGAUUCACAGUACGACGAAGGCUUCAAAAUCCUCUUGCAGGGUCAAAGCGCAUACCAAGACUUCAUCGUGCCUCAGCUUUCCCAGCUGCUGACUUCUGUGCUCAAAUCACGAGUGACUGUAUCGGUGCUAGAAGUUGGACCGGGGCCGAAGAGCGUAUUGGGCUCUCUGCCUAGCCACUUGAGGCGAAGAAUCCACAGAUACGCUGCAUUUGAGCCUAACGCGGUGUUCGCUACCAGGCUGCAGACAUGGCUCAGCUCCUCACAGGAGUCACCCCUGCCUUGUCUGGACAACCAACCCGACAUUCAUCGCACCCCAUUCAGUUUGAACACGAAGACCGCCGUCGAUCCCAGCGGCAAAGAGGAUGGAUCUGCGGAGACGUUCGACCUCAUCAUGUUCUGCCACAGCAUGUACGGCAUGAACCCGGAACGGGACUACAUCGAGCGUGCGCUGCAGAUGCUCAACAAGAAGCCAGACGAAGGUCUGAUUGUGGUGUUCCAUCGCGAUGGUGCUCAAUUCGACGGUCUGGUGUGCCACCAAACAGUCUCGUUACCUACAGGAGUAACUUCCGUAGCAGAUGAUGACGAGACACUGGAUUCCUUCGCUCAAUUCAUUGCCGGGUCCGGCCCAAAAAGCUUCAACGGGGAAUGGAUCGAUAGACAAUGGCGCGAGGUCUGCCGUGCAUUGGCUCAUUGCGACGAAAACCGCCCCAAAUGUCUUCUCUACAGCUCGCCAGACAUCAUGAUGGCGUUCACUCAGCGAGCGACCAGGCUGCCCGAGCUGCUUGCAGAAGUAUCCGAGGCGUCCAAAGAACACCGCGUGAAGAACCGCGAGGCGCUUGUCCACUAUCCAGCCUCAGUCGUCGCUCCGGCAGAUAUUGGAGACGUCCAGACAUGCCUGACAGUUAUCAGUGGCGGCCACGGUGGUCAAUGUCUGUGGCCCAACGUCGUUGCGCUCGACAUGUGCGCCUUCAAUCAAAUUCUCGUUCUCGCCAAAGAGGAGGACAACGGCAAGUCCCCCAACACCCUGGUUGUUGUUGGCGCUGGAUGCAGAUCUGGAGACAUCAUCCGCAACACCAUGGCAGCAGAUGUCACAGUACCCCUUGGAAGCCGCCCAAGCGUGGGAAUGGGGCUGGUAUUGCAGGGAGGCAUCGGGCACCUGGCCCGCCAACAUGGUCUUGCUUCCGACAGCAUCGCGGGAGCCGUUGUGGUCAGCGUCGCCACAGGCCAAGUGCUCUGCGUCGGCAAUGUUCCAAGCCAACACCAGCCAGCCGAUGCAGUACGGCUGGAGAAUGACGGCGAUCUUCGGUGGGCAUUGCAAGGCGCCGGAUCAAACUUUGGCAUCGUGAUCAGCGUCGUUCUGAAGGCGUGCCCUGCUCCGGAAUACACAGUCCGCAAUUGUGUCAUUCCACUGAUCGACCAUGCUCAGGCGCAGCUGAAGCUCACCGAUUUCAACGAAGAGAUCGCCGAGAAGCUUCCACGGCACUGUUCUGCAGACGCUUAUUUGUACCACGAAGCGGGAAAGCUGCAUCUGGGUGUGAACACCUUCGAAGUCUCCACGAGAGAUGCUAUCGAGCCUCCGCCCGAUACCACAGCACUGCUGGGGCCGGAAGCCAGCUCCAAGACCGUGGACGGUGUUGCUCUGUUCGACACGGAAAUGUACAUGUCUGCAAUGCACGGCGGUCACGGCGGUGGUAAGACGUCUUCAUUCAAGCGGUGUGUCUUCUUGAAGGAUAUCGGAAGUGCUGGUCUGACUGACAAGCUAUUGUCAGCCAUUGAGUCUCGUCCCACUCCACGCUGCUACCUCCAUCUGCUUCACGGCGGUGGUGCUGUGCGUGAUAUAGCCCCUGAAGCUACUGCUUUCGGCUGUCGAGACUGGGAUUUCGCCUGUGUUAUCACUGGAGUCUGGCAGCGCGAUCAAGAUGGUCGUCAGGAGGCCCGCGCAGCCAUGCAAUGGGUCUACGACGUCGCCAAUGACUUACUUCCGUUGUGCGCCGGAGUGUAUGGCGCCGACCUUGGUCCAGAUCCUAGAGAUGCUACACUGGCAGCGAAGGCGUUUGGCCCAGACCAUGCUCGACUCGCAAUAGCCAAGGAGACAUUUGAUCCGCACAACGUGCUGGCCUACGCUUGUCUGCUCCCGGCAGUGGAGAGAGCACAGAGGCUCAUCGGUCUCGUCACCGGUCACAGUGGGGUGGGUAAAGACUUUACCGCCGUCGUCUGGAUGCAUGAAUGCAACACUGCCGGCUUCAGCACUGCUAUCGUCAGCAUCAGUGAUUCAACGAAGCGAGAGUACGCAAAUGCCACUGGCGCUGACAUUCAACGCCUCUUCGAAGAUCGUACGUACAACGAGCAGCACCGGCCCGCUCUGCUGAAGUAUUACCAGACGCAGGUCCAGACUCGACCUCGACUGCCAGAGGAGCAUUUCUUGGAAGCGGUGGGUCGAGCAGGAGACCUCGACGUCCUCUUCAUCACAGGCAUGAGAGACGACGCCCUAGUUGCUGCUUUCUCACAUCUAGUGCCGGACAGCAGGGUGAUUGAAGUGAGAGUCGAAGCCGAUGAAGCAGCGCGGCUCGUCUGGGGAUCCAACCAAGACAGCAACACUCACGCCGCCGAUGCCCUCAACAACUGCCCAACAUUCACCUUUCACAACAACAUCGUCGAUGCCGCCGGCGUCCAGUCCGCCCAAGCAUUCUGUUCAAACCACUUCCUCCCUUUCCUGCACCCCAACCUCCAGCGCCUCCGCACCAUGAUUCACUCCACACCCAAAUUCCCACACCCCAACAUCACCUUCCGCGACAUCCUCGGUCUCACCCAACAGACCGGCGGCUUGAAGCUCUGCACCUCCCUUCUCCAAUCUCACUUCUCAGGAGACUGGAGCACAGUCUCCGCAAUCGUCUGCUGCGAAAGCGGUGGCUUCCUGUUCGCUUCGGCGCUGGCUGCGCAGCUUGACAUACCGUUGGCGCUGAUCCGGGAGGCGGGUAAGAUUCCGCCGCCUACGGUUUCUGUUGCUAAAGGGGGUUCGUACAUCUCGUCCUCGGGCACCAACAGCGCAGAGGGGAAGAAGGUCGAGAUGAGUCGUGAAGCAGUGGCGAACGGCUCGAAGGUGGUGGUGGUGGAUGAUGUGCUCGCAAGUGGGGAGACGGUUUGUGCGGUUCUGCAGCUGUUGAAGGGGGGUGGGAGCUAG